AUGGCACUAUCCCUCAAGCGACGGAGAGAUUGUGGAAAUGACACCGAAAAUGGCAAUCCACGCAAGUAUGCCCAAAGACAAGCUGUCGGUUCCGGGGGAGCAAAUUCUCCCUAUUAUUUUGACUCCGGCAUGGAGUUAGACUUGCCAAGUGACACAAGUGGCAUUGGAGAUGACAAAUCAGUUGCAGAAGGGGAGUUCGGAGAGGAAAGAAUAUGCUACGGAGCGAUCUGCGGAGCCCAGGUUCUGCUAAAUCCUCAAACUCAGAUGCCCAAAGAGACGCAGCCAUGGGCCAGGUAUUGCUUAUUCAAGAUCGAGCCUGACGGAAGAAACUACUACUUGGUUGGUGAUGGGGAAACCAAUUCUAAGAAGAGAUCAGUUCUCGACUGCGAUACAGGCGCGAUUCUGACACUCACAGCCGAAAGGGCUAGAGACGUCUCAUUCGCAGUGGUCCUUGGAGUCGAUGUACUUCGUGGCAAGCGCAAAAGAUCUGGCAAGGGCUUGCCAGUAGCUGUCUCAGUCAACAUCUAUGGUCCAAGGAACUCAAUGAGUGAUGUUGAUGAGGCCUUGUCCGGGAUUGGCACUUAUCGCACUUAUUUACAACAUCCUACAUUUUUGGAACCCGGUGUUCCAUACAUCAACCCUCAGUUCUUCUACCCGAAUUCUGAAAAGACUGACUUAAGGCAUCUAGUUGGCUCAGGGUUCCAGGAUAGUGAUACUAAGUCCAAGAUUUCUCAAGAAGUCGAAGACGUUAUGGAAUCCUUGGACGGUUCAUCCGAGGAUAUCACAGCAGCCAGGAGUGAAGAUGUUCAGCAAGUUCUGGAUCAUUUCUUGCUUAACACGAGAUUGAAAGACUUGUUAUCUCACCCAGACAGACCGGGCCGUGGCGGAAUACUCGCAGACGUGAUGGGCCUCGGCAAAACAUUGACAAUGCUAAGUGCUAUUCUUUGCUCAAAGCAACUGGGCCAGCCCUCCAUCAGAGACAGUACGGGCAAUAUUAAGAAUCAAGAACACCCACUAUCGAGCAUCACUCUUGUUGUUCUCCCAUCUCGGCAGGUGCUUGACGUUUGGCAGAAUGAAAUUGAGAGACGAUUUCAACCUCAGAGCUUCAAAACGGUCACUUUCCACGGAGACACGCGACCAAAAAAGCGAGAACUUCUUCUUGGCCAUGACCUCGUCCUCACAACAUAUCACACCCUAGAAAAAGACAAUCGGGUAAAGGGGAUUCUGAACUCCAUCAAGUGGUCAAGGAUUGUUCUCGAUGAAGCCCAUCAGAUACGGAACUCUUCGAUCAAACUGCACAAGGCCGCAGCUGCUCUUGAAAGCGAUACCCGGUGGUGUCUGACCGGAACACCCAUUCAAAACAGCUUCGAUGACCUCAGAUCCUUGUUGAAGUUCCUACGUUUCGAGCCCUUUUGCCAGAGCAACGUGUUUGAACAGCACAUAGUAAAGUCAUUCAGGGAGGACUCACCAAACGGAAACGACGAGUCUCGAAACCUGAAGAUUAUGCUCAAAUUAUGUUGCCUACGAAGAACGCAAGCAAAGCUGGACCUUCCAGCUAGUACCAUAGAGAGAAUCGAUGUAACGCCCACCGAGACUGAAAAGUCUAUGUUCACAAGCAUUCUCGAUCAAUGCAGAGAGGAUUUCGACGAGAUGGCUGGGAAGGAAGGAAGCUCAAAGAAGUCAAACAUCUUGUUCUCGGCAAUCAUGAAGCUGAGGAGGGUCUGUAAUCAUGGAGCUAUCCCUAUCAGCGCUUGCAGCUCAAAACGCACAAAUCAACUGAUUGUUCCCAAGACAAAAGGGAAGGCUUCAAGAUCGCCAAGUGCAGAGCCAGGGUGCGAAUUUUGUGAUGAAAGGACUGGAAACGCUGAUCUUCUUGGUUGCCUUGACAGCUGUCCUAUGUGCGGUCGGCUUCAGUUUGAGAUGAAUGACGAAGCCUCAUCCCUGGCACCCUCACCAUCUCCAACGCCAUCUAUGAUGGAUCUAGAUACACCGGAUCCUCCUACCAGAGACAUCUCUACACAAUCGAGCUACUACAAGAAACAGCAGUCCUCAAAGAUGUCAGCAGUCAUCAACAAUAUCAAGCCAUCUUGUUUAGAUGCGAGUUCCAAGAGUGUUGUGUUCUCGAGCUGGAGAGACACUCUUGAUAUCUUAGCAACGAUGCUUGGAGCAGAAGGUAUUGCCUUUGUUCAGGUUGAUGGACGCAACCCGCCGGUCGGCCGAACGGAGCUACUCUCCAAGUUCUGCCAGGACCCAGUGAUUCGGGUCCUUCUCAUAUCCAUUAACACUGGCGCAGUUGGUCUCACUCUUACACAAGCAAAUAUGGUUCACAUCGUUGAACCGCAGUGGAACCCAGCCAUCGAAGAACAAGCGACCGCAAGAGUCGUCAGGAUGGGCCAGACGAGUCCAGUUACCAUCUUCAAGUACAUAACGGCUGGUUCCAUCGAGAAUACUGUUGUAAAAUUGCAAGAGAAGAAGACGCGGAUCAUCAAACUAUCAAUGCAGGACAAGGACAGUGUUGACUCUGAUGCGAACUUGGACAGCUUCAAAUUUGCCAUUGAUCCUAACGAAUGGGGAGUUGUAUCAUGA